AUGGAGGAUAUCGCCCUCUUCGUCUUGCCCAACAUGGAUGAAGAGGAGGAAACUGGAGGAUCAAAAGCUUCGAAAGCUUCGAUACAGGUGGCGAAACUCAAGUCCAAAGGCGAAACGAGUGAUGCCGAGGCGGAGGAAAGCAGUCUCGGCUUUUCUGAAACCAGAAAUCAUGGCCAGGCACCCGCCGAGCUCGCAAAGAUUCUCAAUAACGAAGAAAUCGCUCAGGGCGGAAGCUACGGUAAUUCUCUCCAGGCUGCUUCAUACGCGAGUGACGAGAAGGCCGUUCAGGCGCUCCUGGACAAAGGUGCCAAGGCCAGGUCGCUGAACACAGAAGCUUUUGACUUUGAAAGUGGCGUAGAUGAAGAUGAAGUGAGGGAUACCGAUUUCGACCCGCUACCUGCAACCACUUUUGAAGAUGUUACCGGCGGUACUGAUGGACAAGAGUUGCAAGCACGAGGAGAUGGUGUAGUGAUGGAGAACGCUGGCGACGAAGCUAUAGCCGCUGCUUAUACUGUAGAAAAGGCUGAACAAGAGGCUAAGGCUAAGGCUAAAGAAGAGGAGGAGAAGAAGGCAGCUGAAGACGCAGCUAAGCUGCUGGCUGCAGCGAAAAAGGCGAGAGAGGAGGUUGAGGAAAAGACUGCAGAGGAGGCUAAGGCAGCGACGGAGGCGCACGGGAAGGCGCUUGCCGAGGUAGCUGCAGCUGCGGAGGAGCCCGCCCAACCCCCGGGACCUAUGCCACCGGGGCCACUACCACCACCAUCGUUGGGCGGUGAGCCUUGGACACCCUUGAAUAUGCCCCGCCGUGAGCCGUCAAAGGGUAAGGGGCGAGCCGGCAAGAUUCUUGGAGAUGGGCCGAUACGACUCCCUCCCCCUCCACCGCAAAUUAUCGAUGUGGGGUCCCCACCAUCACCUAUGGUCGACAUCCUCAGUCCCAUGCCGCCGGGCCCCAUGCCGGUACCAAAGCCAGCGAAGGCAAAACCGAAGCCUCACCCAAACGUAGGGUUCCUUCGUUGGACCGCAGGUGGUGCUGUCCGGCCGGCGGGAAAAAGGGGUAAAACCUCUGAAACUCCUACUAGUAGCGGUGGGGACGCGACUUCCCCGGGAGCAACGACACAGGACGAGGAUUCGCAGCACAGCAACAACGCGAAAGCUAGCUGA